AUGGAACCUGAAAGCAAGCCAAGUCUCUCUGAACUCAGCAGCACAGCAGCAUUAGGAGAUUACGUUCUGAUAUCAGAGGUUGGGGAAGGCUCCUUCUCCAGAGUGUGGAAAGCCGUGCACAGAGAAAGUGGGGAGGUGGUGGCUCUGAAGCAGGUCUUCCUCUCGCGGCUCAACAGGCACCUCAAAAAUUGCUUGGAUUGCGAGAUCAGAUUCUUGUCUUCUGUUUGCCACCCCAACAUCGUUCGUCUCCUCAAAGCUUUCCAGAAUGAAGGUUGCAUAUUCCUGGUCCUGGAAUUCUGCAAUGGGGGAAAUUUGGCAGCCUAUAUUCGGCAACAUGGGAGAGUUCAAGAACAGAUUGCUAGAAAAUUUAUGCAGCAGCUUGGGGCUGGUUUGGAAAUACUACAUUCUCACCACAUCAUUCAUAGAGACUUAAAACCAGAGAACAUUCUACUCUCUCACAGUGACGAUGAUGCGGUGGUAAAGGUAGCUGAUUUCGGUCUCUCAAGAAGCUUACAUCCAGGUGAUUAUGCGGAAACAGUUUGUGGAUCCCCAUUAUACAUGGCACCUGAAGUUCUUCAGUUUGAAAGAUAUGAUGGAAAGGUCGACAUGUGGAGUGUUGGUGUAAUUCUUUUUGAGCUUCUUAAUGGUUGCCCUCCUUUUCCUGGUAGGACUAAUGUUCAGGUGCUUAAGAACAUCAAGUCAUCUACAUGUCUCCCUUUUGACCAACUCAUCCUUUCUCGGUUGCAUCCAGACUCUGUUGAUAUGUGUUCAAAACUGCUGUCUCGAAAUCCAGGGACCAGGAUUCUCUACCAGGUUGGGAUUUUAUCUGGUUAUACCAGGGUAUUAAUUGUUCUAUUCUUUAAGGAGUUUAUGCAUCUUCUCCAAGCACUCAGUCCUUCACCCCUGCUGAUAGUUACUACCUAG